AUGAUGAAACAUGUCUACAUUUUCUUGGUACUCUUUACCUUAUGCUUAGAUAAAGUAUCUACGACAUGGUGUCACAACCCAUAUCUAAGAAGGCACAAGCAAUUAGAAAAGGGGGCAUCGUCCAGUGAGAGAAUAAUAUCGAUUGAGGCUGAACUGCAAGCGGGCGAAAUCGUCGAACAUAUUGCAGCUUACCAAACACCACCAAAUUCUACAACGCCAUUGUACGGUGCCAUGGCAACAUUAGAUGUUUAUGAGUCUCUGGCUGUCAAGGCGGGACAAAUAGUAUCUGCUGAAAUCUGGGUAGAGAAUUACCAAAAGGAGAAGCCUAAUGAUGUUAAUGUUGUACAAGUUGGAUGGAACAUUCAACCUUCUUACUAUGGUGACAACAAAACACAUUUCUUGAUAGGAUGGACGGCCAAUGGAAACAAGACGAAGGGAUGUUUCGAUUUGAAAUGUGAUGGAUUUGUACUAGUUAAAAAUCCUCCAAUCACUCCAGGAGGUACUCUUGAGGGGAAAGCUAAGAUAUCUGUCAAGAUAUUCAAGAGUAACAAGAAUGGAGAUUGGUGGUUACACUUUGCCCAUGUUGGUGAAAAGUUUGCUCCGGUGGGGUUUUGGCCACGCAGUCUUUUCCAAAGCUUGUCCGAUCAUGCAAAUUAUGUAACUUGGGGCGGCUACACUAGCUCUCUUGUGAGGACUCCUAGCCCUCCCAUGGGCAAUGGACGCUGGCCGGGAGGAGAUUCUGCUUCAUUUCAAAAUGUGCAAUAUGUCAACAAUGAUGGGCAUGGUUAUCUUCGAAUGCCUAACCUUCGUUCUAGGGUAACCGAUACGGCAUGUUAUCGAGUUAGUGAAUUCAUGACUGGCAAGUUCAGCUAUGGAGGACCCGGUGGAUGUGUUAAUUAG